AUGGCAAGCGAAGUUGCUGAGCACAAGUAUCAACUUAAUGUCAAGAUGACUUGUGGGGGUUGUUCUGGAGCUGUUACUCGUGUACUGACCAAGGCGCAGCAGGAAGUUUCGAGUUUUGAUGUCGACUUGGGGACCCAGCUCGUGAACGUCACAGGUCCUAUCGAAGAAGCCGCUCUGGUAGAGAAGAUUCAGAAGACGGGUAAGCAGGUAAGCGCGUAUCAUGGUCUUCUAGACCUGGGGAUAACUUAUCGAGUGUUAUGGGUUCUAGAUUAUCUCGGUUACGUCCCUGGAUGA